AAGCCUAAAUAAACCAUAUUCACUCAUUCAUUCCACAAGGCUCCCCACUGGCCAUCUCUCUCUUUAAACUCUCUUCGUUCUUGCUCUGUCAUUUAAAAAAAAAAAAUCUUCGUUUUCAUGGCAGUGGAAGCUCGUCAUAUCGAUCUCUUCCCUUCCCAACUCAUUUCCCACAGGGAUUUCGUUAAGUCGAAUCAAGUAAACAACGAUUUAUGCAAUAACCAGAUGGAUUUUUACCUCCCGUUUGCCGAAUCAUUGCCUUGUGUUGAGCCUCUUUUGCCUGCCGAUAGCGGCCUGACUUACCAUCUCAAUCAAAACAAUCAUCCUCCCAGAAAGAGACCGAGAGAGAAUACCAAUAAUUGUAAUUCAAUCUAUGAUCUUGAGGCCUCCCUCUCUCAAAAAUCCAAGCUUUCUUCUUUCUCAUCGUUUCUCGAUGAAGAUGUCGCCUUUCAGUUUCAGCAACAGCAACAGGAAAUUGACCGCCACCUUGCCCAUCAUGUGGAGAAAGUGAGAUUGGAGCUUCAAGAAGGAAGAAAGAGGCAAUCGAGAAUGAUACUAUCCGCCAUUCAAGAAGCGGUUCUCAAGAAAUUAAGAGAAAAAGACGAAGAGAUUCAAAGAAUGGGGAAGCUCAACUGGGUUCUUCAAGAGCGAGUGAAAUCCCUCUACAUUGAGAAUCAAAUAUGGAGGGAUUUGGCGCAGAGCAAUGAGGCCACGGCGAACUCUCUGCGUUACAAUCUCGAACAGGUCCUGCAGGCUAAUAUAUCCACUGAGGACCACCACCGUCACGCCACCGAGGACGACGCCGAGUCGAGCUGCAGCAGCAGCGAUUCCGGAGAAGGACCAACGGCGGUGGGGUCCACAAACAGGAUGAUGUGUAGGCGGUGCGGGCAGAAGGAAUCGAGUGUGCUGGUUUUGCCAUGCAGGCAUUUGUGUUUGUGUACAGUUUGCGGGUCAAGCCUUCUCGGGUCCUGUCCCGUUUGCAAUUCCAUUAUGGAUGCUAGUCUCCAUGUCAACAUGUCCUCAUGAAAAAAAAAAAAGGAAAAGAAAAAUAAACCCCCUUUCACAAAUGUAUUAUAAAAAAAUUUUUCAUUA